AUGAGGUACUGCCCAAACUUCAUCAGCAGGGCAGAGGAACAGGAGCUGGACAAGUUGCUGGAAGCUGGUCCAUGGCAGUUCCUUGCUGAUGCAAGGCUUCGGCACAUCAAAAGUCGAGCCCAGCAGUUCUUCGGCUUGGUGUAUUAUCAGACAAGCCACGAACUGCCAGCCCUCCAGCCAAAUCACCCUGCUUCUCAGCGGGAGGCUAGACCACUGCAAGAGUUACCAGAAUGGCUGAUGCAGCGAAUCGUGGCCACCGGCGCUUUCCCCAGGGAAGGACUCGGAGACUCGCUGCAAUUCGCAUGGCUGUUGCUGCCAGAGCAGGAGAUCCGCAGCGAUGGUGCCGACCAUGGCAAUUGGGUGAAGAUCCUUCUGGAACCCAGGCACACUGCCAUGUGGUGCUGUGUGAAGAAGAAUCCCGGCACGCUUGCCGCAGAAAGCGCAGCGCCGCAACUGCAAAGACUGAAGGUCGAGGCUCCCGCGUUCUUCAUGCCGAAGUCGCCAGAGGUGCACCUCUGA